AUGGUUGACGAUGGUAUGAAACAAGACGAGGUCUUGGAAGUCAUAGCUGAUGCUGAUUCGACUUUCUCGGAUGAUCUCUUUGGUAUAGUAAUAAAAGAUGAUGUUCUUUACAAAAAACAGGUUCUCGUCCAAAAGGCUUUGGAUGACAUUGGAAUGACUCCGUUUCAUUGGAAACUGUUUUUUCUCAACAGUUUUGGAUAUGCCAGUGAUUCUCUUCUGGUUGUUUGUCAGUCAAUUGCCCAGCCGCAAGUUAAUUUGGAGUUUGGCAGGGAGAACGACAGAAUUCCUGGUGUAAGCACUGCGUCUGCAGUGGGUUUGCUGGUAGGAGCCAUUUUCUGGGGUGUUGGUGCCGAUAUUAUUGGAAGACGAUUGGCUUUUAAUUCCAGUUUGUUCCUUGCUGCUGUGUUUGUUAUUAUUGCUGGUGCAAUGCCAAGUUACAUUUCGUUCACUGCUAUGGUCGCCCUGUAUAGUGCUGCCACUGGUGGUAAUUAUUGUUUGGAUGCCAGUAAUCUGCUAGAAUUUCUUCCUAGAAAGAAAGCCUUUUUGACCACUAUCUUGGCAGUAGCUUGGGGUUUUGGAUACACUAUUACAGGACUGUUGGCUUGGGCGUUUAUGAGUAAUUACUCAUGUCUAUCAGCUGACAAUUGUCCAAGAAGUUCAAAUCAGGGUUGGAGAUAUCUUCACUAUACUUCAGGAGGAUUGGUUUUGAUAGCUGCUAUUCUAAGAGUUACAAUUAUUCACAUGCCUCAUACUCCUAAAUUUCUGAUUACACAAAACAGAGACGAAGAAGCUGUGAAGUUCUUGACGGACAUUGCUCGCAAAUAUAAUCGAACCACCACUAUUACUGUAGAGCAAUUGAGCAGUUAUGGUGCUAUUCAGGACGUCAAAGAAGGAAAUAAGGUUAGGAGGUUCACCAAACAUGUACGAGGUAUUUUUGUGUCUCGUAAAUCCACCUAUUCAUAUAUCCUGCUGUUGAUGUUAUGGCUGUUGAUUGGUCUUGGAGACCCUCUAUACAGCUACUUCCGUCCUUAUUAUUUAAAGACGAGAGGAUACCAGGAUAACACUACCGCUUCGAAUUAUAUUGUAUGGAGAAACUAUGCCAUUUCCAACAUCUGUGGACUUGUUGGACCACUGCUUGCCUGGCCGCUGCUGGACUUUAAGUAUUUGCGACGUAAAGGAACUCUGGCUGUAUCCGCAUUAGCAACCAUGUUAUUUCUGUUUGGAUACACCCAGGUCAGAACACCGACCCAGAACACAGCUCUUUCAUUCUGUAUUAAUGCUGUAGAGACGAUGUUUUUUGCUGCUUUGUACGGAGUCACGCCCGAGCUUCUGCCCACGGGCUCUCGUGCAACUGGUUACGGGAUAGCUGUGGCACUCAACCGAGUGUGUAACAUUUUUGCUUCUAUUAUUGCUGGGUAUGCCAACGUAGAAACCACUGCUCCCUUAUUUAUUAGUGCCUCCAUGUUCGGAGCACUGGCUGUUGUAUCACUUUUGCUCCCUUUCGAGCCUGCUGGAAAAUAUAUCGCUUAA